CUUCCAGUGGCAAGAAAAGCCGCCCAGCUAGCUGGUCCAACCAGCCAUUUUUAUUGUACUGCAUGCCAUUGCUGGCACAGGUCGACUUGUGGUAGAAUAGAUGUUUGCUCUGCAGAUUGGGUUCUUUGUGACAAGGACGAAAUGUGCCGCCUUGCCGAGCUGUGGAAGAACGCUGGAACCUCUACUGAACGCAACAAGUUAUUUGCAUCACACGGGGUGCAAUGGUCAACGCUUUGGAGACUACCGUACUGGGAUCCCUCUUGUCAAGUCAUCAUUGACACCAUGCAUUGUCUACUUGAGGGUCUCGCACACGAUCAUUUCUGUGAAUUUUUGGGCCUUACAGCUGAUUUGGCGCAGCAAAAUACCCCUGAAGUCAUGGAACACAUUGUUAAUGUCAUUCAAACCACGGAUGUGCCGUCCUCAUUGAGAUCAGUCCCAUACAACUUUGGAGAAGCAAAAGCUGGAACCCUAAAGGCAGACGAAUGGCGCACUCUGACGACCGUAUACUUGCCCAUAGCAUUGGUUAGCUUGUGGAACGAAGGAUCUCAACAUCGCACUUCAGAAGUUGCAGCCAAUCAUUGUGCCAUCCUUGAUCACACCAUGUCCCUUGCCAGUGUCUCUGCGGUACAUAUUGCAUGUCUGCCAUUCAUGACAGUUGCUCGAGCACAAGCAUAUCAUGGAUACAUUGUGGCAUGGAUACGAGAUUUGCAGGUUUUACAUCCCCAUGCACCCCAUUGUACUAAUGGCCACAUGGUGUUGCACAUCUGGGACUAUUUGCAACUCUUCGGUCCUGUGAGGUCAUGGUGGUGCUUCCCAUACGAGCGCCUCAUUGGGCAACUGUAG